AUGCCUGUCGAAGUCAGCCUCAACACGCCCCUGGCGGAGGCUCUCAAUGCCGCUAUCCAGCCCAAGCUCGUCGAGGUUGGAUGGGGAACCGGUGGCGCUGAUGAUUCCGCCCUGGCCGAGUACAUCAUCCUGAUGCUGGUCAACGGAAAGACCCAGGACGAGAUUGCCUCUGAGCUUUCUGGCGAUCUCCUGAACCUUGGACCCGACGACCCCAGCACUCGCGACUUCUCCCAGUGGCUAUUCCAACAGAUCGAUGCCCUGAGCUCUCCAGCCAACGGCGGUAGCUCAAUGCCUGACGCUUCCCAAGAAGGCGCAGGUGCCGGCGACAUGGAUACCGACAUGAAUGCCGGAGAUGUAUCAGAGUUGAAUGCACCAACCGGUCCCCGUUCAAUGCGAAACGGAAAUCAACGAGGUGGACGGGAUAAGCGCAUGUUUGGCCAGAUUAACAAGGCUAUGGACCGUACUGGCGACGCUGCUCUUCAUCGUGUUAGAGGCCAGACGGGCGGUGAACGCAUCAACACCCACGGCCGCAACCCCCCGACCGGUCCCAGGACAGGCCGAGGUGGUAUGGGCCGUAACAACAACAACCGCGCCGCCAACCUCCAAGCAGGCUUGAACGCCAUGGCCGCUGGCGGACCCCAGGGUCAGUGGAUGAUGCAGGGCAACGCGCCCAACCAGAUGGAGCUCGUGGCCAUGCUCGAGCAGCAGAACCAGAUGAUGUUCCAGCUCUCGCAACAAAUCAUGGCCAACGGCGGAAACCCAGGCACAUUCGGACAGCAUCGCCGAGGAGGAAAGGGUGGCUUCGAGCGAGGACAGAACUCGACCAGGGGCAACUUCCGUAGGGGUCAGAACCACCACCACGACAGGCAAGGCAGCAACAAGCCUGAGGGCGAGGGUGAGGGCGAGGAUGUGGACAUGUCUGGAGAGAAGCGCGAGCCCCCGAACCCCGACGACACGGUGUGCAAGUACAACCUGAACUGCACCAACAAGGACUGCAAGUUUGCCCACCAGUCACCGGCAGCGCCCCACGGUGUCUCGGUCGACGUCAACGACAUUUGCACCUUUGGAGCCGCGUGCAAGAACCGAAAAUGCGUUGCUCGACACCCCUCACCAGCGGCUCGUCUUGCGCACCAGAGCGAGCAGGACUGCAAGUUCUUCCCCAACUGCCAGAACCCGCGAUGCCCGUUCAAGCACCCAUCGAUGCCUCUGUGCCGCAACGGAGCUGACUGCACAACGGCCAACUGCAAGUUCACGCACGUCAAGACAAAAUGCAAGUUCAACCCUUGCCUGAACCCUCACUGCGCCUUUGCGCAUGAGGAGGGUCAGCAGGGAGGAUUCAAGGAUAAGGUCUGGACUGCAGACGGCAAGGAGGAGCACGUCAGCGAGAGGAAGUUUGUGGACGAGCAAGCUGGCGAGGAGCUAAUCAAGGCUGAGGAGGACCCUAAGGAGGAUACCGAGAUCAUUGGUUAG